AUGCGUGUCGAUACCUCUGGCCGCAUUGUGAAGGUCCGCAAAUUUAAAAAGGGCACGCCGCAUCAGAAGAACCACCGAUGGGAGUCCUUUACUUCGAAAGUCUCCAAAUUAAGCUCCCUCGACCCCAUCCGACGGGUGCGCCGCCACGAUCUCGACACCGAAGACCUCUCUACGACAACGUCAUAUUUCAAGGCGGGCUUAGAAAAAUGGCAGGACCUCAAUAUGUCAGAGGCAUUUGUGGCCUUCGCCCAAGAAGUUCUGCCAAUGUGCGACAGUUUACCACAAAUAUUGCAUUUCGAGGACAAGGUUAUGGAAAUCUUGGUCAGAUAUCUGGAAAGGCGAGAGAGGGAGUCGAUUGAGCCUUUACUGGAAUUGGUGACAGAUUUUGCGCAUGAUUUGGGAGUGCGAUUCGAAAAGCACUAUGCGAAAGUGCUGGAACUGGUAACAUCUAUUGCUGGGACCCCCCAGGAUGUCGAAGUUAUUGAGUGGAGCUUUACAUGUUUGGCAUUUAUGUUCAAAUAUUUGUCCAAACUUGUAGUGCCAGAUCUUCGACCUACCUACGAUUUGAUGGCUCCCCUUCUUGGGAAACAUCGCCAACCGCCGCAUAUUGCCCGGUUCGGGGCUGAGGCUCUGAGCUUCCUUAUCAAGAAGGCGGGGACCCCAGGGCAUAGGGAGAAGGCUCUCCCGUUGAUUGUGCACCACGCCAAAGCCGACCUUCAGAAUACUUGGGGAACUAAGCAGUUUGGUCUCUACUAUCAUGGCCAGAUGACAUUAUUCGCCGAGGCAAUUAAAGGGAAUGGGUUGAGUGUCCAUACCUCGGGACCGCCAAUUUUUCAAUGCCUCAUCUCUGCCUUAGAUGAUAAAGACUGGGACUUAAAAGAACCAUCUCCAUGGAUUAAUCUUGUGUCGGGCGUGCUGACGAGCAUACUCCAUCAUACCAACGCUGAGGCGUUCAAGGAUAUAUUGGAGAUAGUCAUAGAGAACGCAAAUGCGGCUCUGGAUGUGUUCCAGGAGUCCAGCAACAGGAAUGAACUUUGUCGACUUAUUUUCUCCGCCCGAAUGAUUGGCAUUGCGUGCGGUGUAAGGAAAGGAAGCCGCAUCGGAGACUGGCAAGAUCUUCUCAAAACCACAUCCAACAUUCUACGGUCAAUCUCGAAAAGCGCGAGUAUUGUGACAGAUUUUGACCCUGAAGAAUCUAUCUGGAAUUUUGUCCUCCACAGCGUCUCAAUUAUCCUACAAUACUCCCCAAUGGACGCACUCAUUCCGUUCAUCUCACCAUUCCUCGACUCGUUAACAAAAGAUCCACUAGCGAGAUGGUUUUUGACAUUCUCGUCUUAUAUCUCGGAAGCCGACCCAGAACGCUUCCGCAGUUUAGUUUUACCAUACUUUCAAAGAUUUGUAAUUGCCCACUGGUCUGAUGCUGAAAACGGCGAUACGCUCUCUGUACUAUUGCCGAAAAUGGUGUCAGCUGGCGUUCUACCGCAUCGUCACGGCAAAGAAGGUUUUACUUUACCUCAGUCAUGGCAGGACCAGAUAGUAAGCAAAUUUGAGAGGCUGGAGGUUUCGCCUUUCCCAGAGCAAGCAUCCUCAGCAGCACACGAUCGAAGCCCCAAUACUUGGCAUGAUCGAUGCCUGCCAAAGUACAAUGCACUUUUAGAAGUUUUGGGAUGCACAGUUGUACACCCAUCUACAAAUGCUAGGAUCUCGGAGAUUCUUCUCAGGAAGCUGAAACUCGCACUACGGCCAUCUUCUUCUCUUGCACCAGAAGAAGCAAAUUUCAUAGUUGGUCGUGGAUUCAGUGCCUUUUCAAGGAUGAGCAAAGGUGCUGGGGUAGUUGAUAGAGCACUUGAGCCUUUGCUCCGCGCUGCUGCUCCCAGAUACACCCGCUUGCCCCAUUUCUUAGAGGCUAUGCUUGACUAUGAAACAAGCCUUAAAGUGCCGCCAAAGGCAAAGGCUGUACCAGCAACCGAUGAUAUGGACAUCGCAUCUGAGGAGGACCUUCUAACUGCUUCACUGAUUGCAAACCUUUCUACAGACUCCCAUGAGCUUAGACUUCUAUCUCUACGCCUUCUAGAUCAUAUCCACACUACAGAUCAAGGCUCAACCUCCGAAGUCCUGUCCAUCAUGAUUAUGGUGGAACAGACACCCAUUGACUUACAAACUGCCCGCUCUGCAUCAAUGCAUAUCCGAAAACUAGCAACUUUAUAUCCUCACCAAUCAUCGCCAUGGCUUAAGCAAGCAAUCCCAUCAUUUUGUUUUGGGAUGCUUACUGUUAAAUAUGCCCAGAUAUGGGAAGACGCAUGCCUUGCACUAAAACAAAUCGCGGAAGCCAAAGAAGGCGAACAAGCUGUUGCUGACCUAGCUUUCGUGUGGCUAGAAUCGCCUUCCAUGAUAUGGGACGGACAUUCUGUGAAGGUCGAACACCCGCACAACAACCGCUUGACGGAUUUUGAAUGUUCGAAUCUCAUGAAGUUAGAUGAGCUCGCCAAGGUUUCUGUAUCAGAAGUUGUGAAGGCUCGCGAUACGAUGCUGCAGAGGUUUGAAGAUGCUCAGCAGUUGGUUGAAUCGCAACCACCUACCGCUAGAUCACAGGCCCUUCGAAUUUUCGCAGUUGCGCCAACCAUUGCCCAAAAACGCUCGCGUUUGUUUGUCCCGAUGUUUCUCUCGUGGGCUUGCAAGCAGGGAGACGAAAAUGAGCAAAUCGCCGAGGUUACUGAGACCAUCCCGAGUGGAUGGACAAGAAAAGAUCAGAAAGCCCAGCUCGAUAUGUUCAGUAAAUUUACAAAUCCGAAGUCGCUGUUUAGGACUGAAGACGUGAAGAACGCUCUCUUGCAGCUACUUGGGAACGGUGAUAUCGAAAUCCAAAAGUCUGCCCUCAAGGCUCUUUUCACGUGGAAGCAUCCCAGCAUCCGACCAUAUGAAGAGAAUCUUCUUAACCUUUUGGACGAAGCACGAUUCAAGGACGAGAUCUCUAUUCUCCUCCAGGGCGAGACUUUGGUUCAGCCAGAUCACCGGGAGCACCUUUCUCCAGUCCUCCUCAGACUCCUUUAUGGACGGUCAAUCUCACGGAAGGGUGCGGCGAGUGGGAAGCAGGGAAUGGAGGCCCGGCGACUAACUGUAUUACGGAGUUUAAGUACUGAAGAUGCCGAAAGUUUCUUGGAUAUUGCUCUUGGACAGCUUAAGGAUCUCAAGUUGUUGGUGAAUGGCACCGUUGACGAUGCUUCAUUCGAACAUGGUCUGUUGACCAUUCGAAAACAAGUUGGUGUCACAAAUAUGCUCGAAGCAAUUAUUAAAGAGCUUGGAACCAAAGUAGCCCCUUUCGCGACGAAAUUGGUGCAGGCGGCCCUCUAUUGCAUAAUUUACACGUCGCGCCAAUUACGAGAUGAUUCUGACGAAGAUGCAUCCCCAGACGAUACCACCAGCCAAACUUCUUUGCUGAAGAACGUUCGCCAGACUGGUUUGAAAUGCCUCGUACUCUUGUUCUCGAACGCUACGGAUUUCGACUGGACUCCAUAUAUGGCAGCUAUUGUUAAGGAUAUCAUACUUCCAAGGCUGGAGAAGUUGCCAAUUGAAACAGCUCAAAGCAUCUCCAUCCUUCUUCGACUCUUGUCGACUUGGUCUACCUCCCCACAAACUGUGAUGUUGCUUACGAGCAACUCCCAGAUUAUGUCGAAAGUCGCUGACUGUCUAUCACCCCCGAAAUCAAAGGAUGAAGUGAAGCUCUUUGUGUUGAACAUCAUCAGCAACAUUGUCGGCCACUGCCAGGGAGCUGAAGAUGAUGCUCUUCAAUCGCAGGUUAAGUCGGAACUUCUCGCACCCAAUAUGGACUACUUCUUAACUCAAAUUGGUGGGAUACUCCGUGCCCAACAAGAUAUCAGCAAGGAUCUGCUUGAGGCUUGUGUGCAAGUUGUCUCUGAGCUUGCACCGUUUGUAUCCACUUCGACCCAAGCUCACAACUUGGUUGAUGUCUCGGUCUUCUUGCUCGAUCAGCCCUCAAGACGUGUUAGUCCCAAGACCAAGGGAGGGCUUUUAUUAGUACUAGAGCACUUCGUCCCGCUGUACGAUCUCCAAAAUGACGCUGAGCUGAAGGACAAAGUUUACAGCACAGUGACCUCACUCUUUGGGUAUUUCAAGGACAAGGAUAGUCGAGAAGUGUUAUCUCGGGUCUUGAUGGUGUACGCUGAGAAGGAUCCCGUUCUUGGAGAAGUUGCCGCGAUAUGUGUCGAUCUCAACUCUUUCGCCCAAGGCCGCCUUGAUGAGCCCGAUUAUGAUCGCCGCCUCAAAGGCUUCAACGUCGUUAAUAACCCGAGAGAGACGCCAUUCACUUCACGCCAAUGGACCCCCUUGCUCUACAACCUGCUCUAUUAUAUUAGGCACGAUGAGGAGUUUGCGAUCCUUUCUUCGAAUUCUUCCGAUGGACUUUGUCAAUUUAUCGACUCCGCAGAGAAAGCGUCGGACGAAUCGAAGCAAGCUGAUUUCAGAGCAUUGGUUUCAACAGUCCUCAUACCCGCUAUAUUCAUGGGUGCUCGAGAGCCGUCCGAGGUUAUUCGACGAGAGUACAUGAAAGUUAUGGCUCAUCUUGUUCGAACCUUCCCAUUGUGGCAGGAAGUUAGUGAUAUGCACAGUCUUCUUGCUGGUGAUGACGAGGUAGAAUCGUCGUUCUUCAACAACAUCCUGACAGCUGGGAAAGGUCGACAGUCCAGUGCCCUUGGGCUCCUGGAAGCUGCAGCAACGAGAGGAGAACUUAGCGGAAAGAAUGUUAGCCACUUCUUCAUUCCACUCAUUGAGCACUUCAUCCUCGACCGCGCAGAGGGCAACGAAGCCCAUAGUCUGGCCGCCGAGGCUACAACUACUAUCGGGAUAUUGUCUAGAUCCCUUGAAUGGCCUCAGUAUCGAGCCAUGCUCAGAAGAUUCAUUGGAUAUGUCCGAGCCAAGCCGGAACUAGAAAAACAAAUCAUUCGGCUCCUUGGGAAAGUGAUUGAUGCCCUUUCCUUGGCUGCACAGGAAACCCAAGAGGAAAAGCGAAGUACAUUGGCGGUAACCAUGCCAAAACAAGUUAAGCUUGCCGAUGACCUCAGCUCGAAUAUUUUGCCAUCUCUGACUGCGUAUCUUCAUGAUAAAGACGAGUCCACUGUCAGUCUUCGGGUUCCCGUUGCUGUGAUUAUUGUUCGCCUCUUGAAGCUUCUACCGCAGGAGCAGUUGAACGAAAGGCUCCCAGCCGUUCUCACGGACGUCUGUCAUAUCCUCCGGAGCAAAUCCCAAGAGGCACGCGACAUGACUCGAGACACUUUGACAAAGAUAUGUGUUCUACUCGGUCCAUCGUGCUUCGGAUUUGUCCUCAAGGAAUUACGUGGCGCUUUAGCAAGGGGAUAUCAACUCCAUGUCCUCUCCUACACAAUGCACACGAUCCUGGUUGCUACAACACCGGAGUAUGCUCCUGGUGAUCUGGAUUAUUGUUUACCCACCAUUGUCGCAAUCAUUAUGGAUGAUAUAUUUGGAGCCACUGGCCAGGAAAAAGACGCGGAGGAGUAUACGAGCAAAAUGAAGGAGGUCAAAAGCAGCAAAAGCCAUGAUUCCAUGGAGCUGAUCGCUAAAACAUCUACCCUGAGUCGCUUGACGGACAUAAUCAGACCGAUUCAAGGAUUGCUUAAAGAGAAGGUCAACUUGAAAAUGGUCCGUAAGAUCGACGAACUGCUUAAUAGGAUCAGCAAUGGAUUGCUGAGGAACCCGGCUGCUCAAAGCAGAGACAGCCUUAUAUUCUGCUACGAAGUUAUUCAAGACGUCUACAAUACUGCGAAGCCAGAGGCAAAGGCUAAAGGAGAUCCUAGGCUCAAGCGAUAUUUAAUACAAAGAGGGGCGAAGAAGAGCGGGGAAGGUCGGAGCAGCAUGACAGUUUAUACAUAUAAACUAAUUCGUUUUGCUUUCGAUGUCCUGCGCUCGGUCCUCAAAAAGUACGAUGAUCUUCGAACACCCGGCAAUCUGGCCGGUUUCAUUCCUAUACUUGGCGACGCGGUUACCCAAGGGGAAGAGGAAGUUAGAAUUUCGGCUUUUCGACUUCUUGCUACGAUCGCAAGAGUCCCAUUCAAGCCGGUCAUUGAUGGUACGAAUCUAUAUCGGGUCGCUGCUGUUGAGGCAACCAAGAGCCUCUCAGAGUCUUCAACGACUACUUCAGACAUUGCGCAAGCCUCUCUCAAGAUCAUAUCUGUUAUACUGCGCGAUCGCCCAGAUGUGCCUAUCAAGGAAACAUCCAUUGAUAAGCUACUGGCCAGACUCAAAGAUGACAUGACUGAACCAGAACGACGCCAUGUUACCUUCAACUUUCUAAGAGCAAUUAUGAACUCCAAGGUUCAGACUGCAGUUGUUUAUGACACGCUUGAUUACGUUGGCACAGUCAUGGUUACAAACGAUGAUGAAGGUACGAGGGACUUGGCGCGAGGAGCAUACUUCCAAUUCUUGCGGGAAUAUCCACAGAAAAAGAAUCGCUGGACUAAGCAACUUGGCUUCAUUGUAGCCAAUCUCAAGUACGAAAGGGAAGGUGGCAGACUAUCCAUCCUUGAAGUCAUUCAUCUCUUGCUCUCCAAGUCUUCGCAAGAUUUUGUUCAGGAAGUCUCAGCCACUUGCUUCGUUCCAUUGAUCUUUGUUCUAGCCAAUGAUGACAGUGAGAAAUGCCGCAUGGCGGGUGGAGAAAUCAUCAAGGAGAUCUUCAAGAAGGCGGAUGAAGAACGUAUGUCCUCGUUCCUUGCACUUCUGCGAUCAUGGAUCAAGCAAAACGAGAAUCCAUCAGUAGUGCGACUAGCUUUGCAAACAUACGGGUUUUACUUUGAAUCGGAAGCUAGUACAGAUGGCGAUAUUCCGAUGCUCCAAGACUGCAUUCUCGAGAUCUUGGAGCUCGCCGAGAAUUCGAGCUCGGAUUGGGAGCAGAUUUAUGCCGCCUUGCAACUAGCCAUUGUCCUCGUGCAGAAGUUUCCCGGCACGCUCCUGGCUUCCAAAUCGAAACCGCUAUGGUCUGAAGUACGGUCAUGUCUGUCAUUUCCCCAUGCCUGGGUCAAAUUAUCCGCCGCAAAACUCACCAGCAUCUAUUUCGCCGAUUUCGCUCGAAAUAACGCGGAGUCAGGAGUUGAGGGGUUACCGCUGAGAGGGUCCGGAGGGUUGAAGCUCGAUAGUGAAGAUAUCAAAGAUUUCACCAGACGCACAGCACACAUGUUCAAGACACCAGGCCUCACAUCCCUUUUGGCUGACGAAAUAGUGAAGAACCUUAUCUUCCUAGCUCGUUGUGCUACAGCCAAUGAUAUCAAAUGGACACCUGCACAGGACACCAAAGCUGACGAUGAAGAAGAGGCUGAUGAAGAGAUGGCGGAGGAAUCGCUAGAGGAGAUGACAUUGCUUCAGAAUCUCUGCGGAAGAUUAAGUUUCGUCCUCCGCAAGGAGACAUCGCCACCACGUGCUCCGGCACUCGUGCCCAAGACUUCGGCGCUCCAACUCUUGCAACAUCUCACUUCCAAGCUGCCUUCCGAAUCUCUCAUCCCAUGUCUCCAAUCUAUACUUCUCCCACUACACAACCUCACCGACCCCUCAAUCGCCGCACCCUAUUCAACAGACGAGCUGUUCAAGUCUGGGUACGAGGAACUGAGAAGCAUGAGUGAGGAAAUCAUGGAGGGUUUGAAGAGGAAAGUGGGGACGAAGGAGUAUACCGAGGCGUUAUUGAGGGUGAGAGAGGGUGUUCGGGAGAGACGAGAGGCAAGAAGGGGGAAGAGGCGGAGAGAUAUUGUCAGUGCCCCAGAGAGGUCUGGGGAGGUUAAGAGGAAGAAAGUUGAGAGGAAAAAGGAGCGCAGAAAGGAGAAGGGACUAGAGCAUAGUAAGCGAAGGAGCGAGUAUUAA